CGGCUCGGCAACAUCCCUCACGCCUAUUGGUCGAGCGCGGCCUGCCCAACCAAUGGGGAGAGGGGUUGUUACAGGAGACGCCGCCAUCUUCGGGCGGUCGGCGGUCGGUGGGCAGGCAGCCGAGAGUCCGCGUCCCGGCCGAGAUGCCGCAGUACCAGACCUGGGAGGAGUUCAGCCGCGCGGCCGAGAAGCUCUACCUGGCGGACCCGAUGAGAGCACGGGUGGUUCUCAAAUAUAGGCACGCUGAUGGGAAUUUAUGUAUUAAAGUAACAGAUGAUUUAGUUUGUUUGGUGUACAGAACAGAUCAAGCCCAAGAUGUGAAGAAGAUUGAGAAGUUCCACAGUCAGCUGAUGCGACUUAUGGUAGCCAAGGAGUCCCGCAGUGUUGCUAUGGAAACAGACUGACAGUAUGAAAUGGAGACUCUGUUUGUAGGAAGUAAAUAUCUUUUGAAAGUGGGAAAGUACUGGGACAGAAAAUCCUUUCUGUAACUGAGUGGGCUGUUCAGAAGCCGAGAGGUCAUUUUUUUGUAUUUUCUUUUUAAUGUUUAUCUUAGAGCUGUGGAAUAUAAGUGUUAGAGAACUAUCAGUUUUUGGAAAUUGAACAAGAAAUGCAUCUAUCUUAGAAACUAAUUUGAUGUUGGGCAGAAUGAUGUAUAAGUGUUUCUCUGGUAAAUAUGUAUCAGUAAUUUCAAAAUGAAAUACCAAGAAGAGCCAGUUCUUAAAUUUAGUUCAUCUGCCUUUAAGAGAAAAUUAAAUGUAAUCAUUUUAGUGGAUCGUUAUAUUUCUUUGGAGCCUAAACUUGCACUGUUGAUAACCAAUAAAUAUAUACGAUAACUGGAAUUAACUGCACAGUAUUAAUCUGAAUUAUUUUAAUCAGAAAGUUUAAUUGCUAGUAGUGUAGUCUCAAUUAUGUCUAAAAGUAGAUAUGAGUAGCAGGUGUGCUUUACCUUAAGCUUUCUGGGUUUAAACUGUAUUUUAAUUGGUAGUAUCAUUAGCUUGUUGAGCAAUGACUGACUUUGAAUCUAGUUUUCAAUGAUGAAAAACAGAAGCAGUCAUCUGAAUCCAUGGGCAGAAUGAUGACUCCUGUGGUGGACUGGACCACAGUGUGACAGAUAAUUUACUACGUGUUUCCCACCUGUAGUUUCUCAGAAGGACUGCAGAGUAUUCUAGCUGUUAAAUCUUUGUGCUCUGGUACUUUGCCCAUUUUGCCUAUAACUAAGAUGGUAAGUAUGGCUAUCACAGCUGUUGUGUUUAUCCUGUAUCUGUAAUCUCAUUUUGCUGUCCAGAGGUAAUGUUCACAGGUAGAUUCCUCUGAGUUAAAUGCUGGCACUGCAUUAAAAUGUUUUCUGUAGAGAUUCAUCUCAGUGAAUAACAUUUUAGGAUAGAAAGUUACAUUAGCCAUAAGAAUUUUUACAUGUUUCAGAGAGAUCGUUAAAUAAAAUAGUACAUAAAUAUA